AUGAGUGUUAUCCUUUGCACUGCCGGGCAUGAUCACACGAUCAGGUUCUGGGAAGCGCUGUCCGGCAUCUGUUCGCGGACCAUUCAGCACCCUGACUCGCAAGUCAACCGCCUUUGCAUCACUCCCGACAAACGCUUUCUCGCAGUCGCUGGAAAUCCCAACAUCAAGCUCUAUGACAUCAAGUCCACCAACCCCAACCCUGUGAUGACCUUUGAGGGUCACACCAACAAUGUUACCGGUCUCGCAUUCCAUUGCGAGGGCAAGUGGAUGGUCACGAGCUCCGAGGACGGAACUGUCAAGGUCUGGGAUACUCGCACUGGUAGUCUGCAGCGCAACUACAAUCACCAUGCCGCUGUCACCGAUGUUGUGAUCCACCCCAACCAGGGUGAACUCAUCAGCGGCGACUGGGGUGGCAUGGUUCGCGUCUGGGAUCUCGGAGAAAGCGUCUGCACUCACCAGCUUAUUCCCGCUGAGGAUACAGCCGUUCUCAGCGUCAGUGUGGCUAGCGAUGGCUCUCUGCUCUCUGCUGGAAACAAGGCCGUGCGUUCUCCAAGUGCCCUGCUCCGCAAAUGUACAUUCGCUAACUCGAAAUCACAGGGUCAUGUCUACAUCUGGCGUAUGGUUCAAACUGACGAGGCUACUCGCAUCAUCCCGGUCUGCACUUUCCAGGCGCACAAGAACUACCUGACUCGCGUUCUUCUGUCCCCCGACGUAAAACAUCUGGCUACGUGCGCUGCCGACCACACUGCGAAGGUCUGGAACCUCGAUUCCGACUAUGCUCCCGCCAAGGUAGCCAUCAAGGAGUGGAACGAACUCCAAGCCCAGAAAGAGACCGACCAGAAAAAUGGCAAGGACAAUAGCGAAGCGAAUGAGGCCGCCAACCAGAACCGUGAAAUGAUGCGCAUCUUCAGCGACCUCACCAUGGACCGAGACCUCCUUCGCAUCACCGACAAUGCUUCACGCCAAGAACCACCCCAGCAGACUUUCACUGCUACUCCUGAUGGCCCGCCUAUGGACCCCGCUCAGAACACCCUGUUCCUCGAAACGACGCUGGCCAACCACCAGCGCUGGGUCUGGGACUGUGCUUUCUCCGCUGAUUCGGCUUACUUGGUUACUGUCUCGACUGAUCACUACGCUCGUCUGUGGGAAUUGAGCUCCGGCAACAUCAUCAGACAGUACAAUGGUCAUCAUCGCGGCGCCCUGUGCGUUGCCCUGAACGACUACUCCGAGCCUCGUUAG